AUGGAAUCGACUGCAUGGGUGUCGGAGUACAGCCCCUUGCAUUACCGAGCGAAGGAUACAUCUCCGGAACAGACGCGGUCCAGAAGAUCGCUGAGCCGCAACCCAUCGAGUGACAUUCUGUUCGUGGACAUCGAUGCGACUCCUUCAUGUGCCAAGAGUGGCAUGUUUCUCGAAGGUUUGAUCUACCAUGAGUUGCAGCCUUUGGAGACCAUUGACGAAGCCGUUGGCUUUGCCACAUCGCACUGGACCGGCCAAGGAUCCAUGCUCAGCUGUGUGUUCACUUUGGUCGCGUCUGCCAUGGGAGCCGGCUGCUUAUCUUUGCCCCACAUGUUCAGCAAGACUGGCAUUGUUUGUGGCCUUACUCUUCUGGCUUGUGGGGCUUUGCUUGCACACGCCUCGCUGGUGAUCCUUAUGAGCUGCGCUCGAUACACCCAAUGCCGUUCCUUUGCGGAGCUCGUGUCUCUCAGCGAGGCAGAGCCUUCCGAUGGACGGAGUGGUCGAAACCCGUUGGUGGACACCGUCAUCAUGUUCUAUGGUAUGGCAGCCGUACUCAUCUACAUGAUGCUGAUUGGUGAUUUUUUCGCUGACAUCGCGAAGUCCCCGUUGUUUGGUUACGCUGACAUUCCGCGACAACACCUUAUCCUUGCCUCGCUCAUCUGCGUGUUUCCGCUCUCGAUCCCCAGGAAUGUCACCGCGCUCAGAUACAUAUCCGUUUUGAGCACCAGCGUGAUCGUGUUUUUGACAAUUGUGGUUGUCGCGAAAAUGCCCAGCUGCGCCCUUACCAAACCGGCGGCAGAGGCCCGUGUGUGGGAGGAGAAUGGGCCAGUUCGAACGAUACUGCAGUCAUUUGCAAUGGCACUCUUCUCUUUCAAUGCGCACACAAAUGCUGUGCCGGUGGCCAUGGCUUUGGACCAGCCGCGGGCAGCCCGGAUUUGGCAGGUCUCACUUCUCUCCGUCCUGAUUGAGUUCGUCAUUUAUUCGACAAUUGCAACUGCGGGAUACCUAUCGUUCGGGGGGCUGACAAAGCAAGACUUUAUCCGCAAUUAUCCGCCAGACGAUAGCUGGAUGUUACUCGUUCGUUGCGUGUAUUCCGUGCCGGUGAUCUUCGGUGUGCCUAUUAACUUGUCCCCAGCAGCCGCCUCAAUUCAAGCUCUGGCAGGUCGCAUUUGCUCCUCCAAACAGCAGUUCCGGAGACAGACCAGCGACCCGCAUCCCAACUCCGCCAGAUCGCAGUGUCGGCGCGCGUGCAUUGUCGGAACUGUGCUCCUUUGCAGUGCUCUCCUCGCGAUCUGCUGCGAAGCCUUCGCCGAUGUCAUCGGCCUGUUCGGGGCCUGCUUUGGCACCGCCAUCUGCCUCAUGUGGCCUCUUCGAGUCUAUCGGCAUGUCAUGCGAGAUCUACACUCGCACCUUUUGUCGACUGCUGUCACCAUUGGCUUGACCGUUGCGUCGGUUUUAGGAGUGAUAGCCUUUCUAGAGCAGUGUCUACGUGUGUUCCAUCUCUCUUGA